AUGGCAGAGGAAGACAGGAGCCCCCGUCACUUUAAACUGCUCCAGGAGCCAAACUCCCUGGGCCGCCCGCCCGCCCGCGCUCCCCCGGUCGCUCUGCUUCCCAGCCAAGGCCCACGUCCGCCACGCCCCCAUGCCCGGGUCAGCCCACCCCUCCCGGUGCCUCUCCCUUCCUCGCCACAAGACACCCAGCCCCUGUCGCCGGCCCAACCGCCGUGCACAGCUCACGAAAGAGCCGGGGUCCGAGUCACAGGAGACGAAGAUCCUCUGCCCUUCCCCGGGGACGCGCAACGGGACGGACGGUGCAGCCCGGCUCGGCCGCCCCGCCCCCUCGUCUCCUCCCCUACACUCCCGGGCGCCCGUCCCGCCAUUACCUGGGUGCUGCACCGAGUGGCCACCGCACCGCCUCGAGCUCGCUCCCGCGCGCUCUCCGUCUGCGGGGCCGACGUCCUCAAGCUUCGGACCCACAGCAGCCGCCGGGGCGCUACCACUCUGCCCCCCACCCCUCACUCCAGCGCCGCUGCUUCCGCCGCCGUAACGAGCCUCCCAUCUAUUGGCUGGUGUAUUCCCCGCCCCCUACCGAGUCAGCCAAUUGUUGGUGGUCGUGAGCGGGAGAGUGGACCGGCCCGCCCCUCCGACCCGCGGCGUCCUCUGGGAAAUGUAGUCGCGGGGCCAGGAGGGCGGGCCGCGAAGAAGGUGGAGAGCGUCGGGGCGGGGCCGCAGGCGACCCGGCCAGCGCUACACACCCCUUUGCCGUCUCAAGGAGGGGCGGCGCGGCGCGGGAAAGGGUAUCUUUCAGACUGAUCCUACCUGUACUCAUGACUCAUGGCUCCACUGGUCUUGUGGUCCCAUCCAGAGGCAGACUCAGCACAUGAGGACUGUUUUCCACACCCUGAUGAUUUCAUCCCCAACCAAUCAUAGCACUCAUUCCCUAUCCCCCUGCUCACCAAAUUGUCCAUAAAACUCUAAGCUCUGAGCCUUUGGGGAGACUGAUUUGAGUGAUAAGUCUGGUCUUCCAUGUUGCCAACCUCCUGUCAAUUAAACACUUUCUCUGCUGCAAUGCCAA